AUGGAAGGACAAAUUAUAAAUGUGUUGCCGUUGAUACUAGGACAAGGGAAAAUAUCGUGGUUGUGCAAUAACUCAUGCAAAACUGACGAUCCAAUUUUAAUAAGUUGUUAUGAGAAACUUCUUCAAAUAAUAAAUACUUGCACUUUAAAGAACAUACCAAAAAAGCUAGUAAAUCUAGACAGAGCUUUAACUUGUGCCAAUUUAGACACAUUGCAGGAAAUUGUUACUUUGGCACAAGAAAAAGCAGAUAUAUACAAACAGCAGCAACCUAAUACUGUUUUGAGUGAUGACGAUAUCAUUGAUAAAUAUCCCAAUGCAUUUAAAGCUUUAACUAUACGCUCUGCUGAAUAUUUAGAAGCAAUGUCAAAAAAACUGUUAGAAUGUAACUUGAAUACAAUAUUUGCAACACUAAGAAAUACGGAACAAUAUUGGAGAAGACCGAGAAGUGAUUUGAAUUGCAUGACGCAACAUUAUGGACCUGCGACGUGGUUUUUAACAUUAAGUCCAAGCGAAUGGUUAUGGGAUAAUUUAGAAAAUUAUAUAGGUGAGGUUAAUGGAUGGCAUAAUUCUUCGUUUAGUACUAGUGUUCUUGUUGCAAAAGAUCCUGUCUCAACAUCGAGAUUUCUCGAUAAUAAAUUUAAAGCAAUGCUAGACUUUAUAUGUUCUAAAGAUCAUCCGAUCGGAGAAGUAACUCAUUACUUCUGGCGACGAGAAUAUCAAGGUAGAGGUAUACAACAUUUCCACUUAUUAAUUUGGAUUCUAAAUGCACCGAUUAUAGGAGAAUCUUCUACCGAAGAAGUUUCCAACUUCAUUUUACGACAUAUAAGCUGCAAAAUGCCACAUCAAGAUAUUUCACCGUUAUUAUAUAAACGUGUUAAUACGCAUCAGAUGCACAAACAUAACGAUUAUUGUCUGCGUUCUAAAAAGGUAGGACGUAAAGUUGUACGUAGAUGUCGGUUUGGAUUUCCUCGUUCCGUUACUGAAGCAUUGACUAUAAGAGAUGUCGCAAGUUCGAUAGCAGGUAGAAAGCAAUUAAAACAUAGAAGUAGACUAUACGAUCUUCCUCGANCACAAAAUGAAAUCUAUAUAAAUGACUAUAAUGCUGUCCUUCUUAUUGCUUGGGAAGGAAAUAUAGAUAUACAAUUUAUUGAGGAAAAAUCAACAUUACUUACAUGGUACGUCACUAAGUAUUUGAAUAAAGCGGGAAAAUGUGAACUAUCUGAUUGCAUUACCAAUAGUAAGAAUAAUGAAAACAAAUCAUUGGGAAUUUAUCUUUGGAAUAUUGCUUUGCGAUUUACGCAUAACAGAGAAUGUAGAGCUCUUGAAGCUGCUGAUACAUUAUUGGGUAUUCCUUUACAUGGAACUGAUUCAAAUACAACUAUUAGAUGGUUAGAUGUUACUCAAAUUAGAUAUAGAAAACUAAAGACCCGCAAACAGAUUGAAAAUCUCGAUAAAGAAUCUACCGACAUAUUUUGCCCGUCUUUGAUAGAUACUUAUUAUCCAAUAAGACCAAGAGAGUUAGAAAAUGUGUUUCUUUAUGAAUUUGCAAAGUGGUAUGACAUCACAAAANUUAAACCGAAAAAUAAGUAUAUCAUAUAUUACAAAAUAGGUGAGGGUAUGUAUCUUAAACGACGGAAACGUGAAUAUCUUAUUAAUCAUUAUAAAUACGAUGUCAAUANACAACCAGAGAAUUAUUUCUUUGCAUUAUUACUCAUGUUUAAACCAUGGCAAAAAUUAGAAGAUCUUAGAAACGGAUGUGAUAAUUCUACGGAAUCAUUUCACAACUUAAGAUUACAUCUUGUAGAAGCAUUACAAUAUCAUGAAAAGAUAGAGGAAUUGCAACAAGCAUUUGAAACUGCAAGACAAUUAGUGCAAGAAUAUCUAGACGACGAAUUAAACAAACAGAAUAUAUCGCAAGAUGAUCCAGAAAAUCCAAUAGGUAUUGAAAAUAUAGAAGCUGGUGAAGCAAUGCAAGAUUUUAAAGAUCUUGGUAAAAAAAUAGACAAAGAAGUCGAUGUAUGUGAUAUGAUAGCAAAAUUGAAUAUAGAUAAAAAAAGAGUGUUUGAUAAAGUUGUUUCAACUAAAGAUACUGCUAUAGCAGCUCCUACUGGUAUUGCAGCGUUCAACGUUGACGGUUUGACAGUACAUAGAUUACUUCAAUUGCCUGUUGAACACGGUUUUAUUCCNAAAUAUAAACAAUUAUCUGAUCAUGUAUUAAAAGUUUUACGGGCAGAUCUUCAAGAUGUUAUUCUUAUUAUAAUUGAUGAAGUGUCGAUGAUAUCUAAUUUAACGUUGAUGUACAUACAUCUUAGAUUGUGUCAAAUAUUCGACACCAUUGAUUGUAAUGAUGGUUGGUUCGGUAGAAAACACAUUCUUUUAUUUGGAGAUUUACUUCAANUACCUCCUGUAAACGAUGAUCCUGUUUUUAUGAGCUUGUCAAAGGAGAAAAUUGAUAAAUAUCUCGGUUCAGUGGAGGCCAUUAACUUAUGGACUAUAUUGUUUGACUACGAUGAAUUAACAAUUAAUAUGCGGCAGCAAGAAGAUGAUUCAUAUCGUAAGGUACUAUCAAGAAUUCGUAUUGGAUUAGUAACUGAUGAUUUGCCGAUAGAUACCGUAUGUUUACUGCCUACUUGUCACAUGUGUGACGUUCUCAAUGCGGCGAUGCUAAAUCGACUUACUGCUGAAGAAAUAGUAUUAAUUGCAGAAAAUAAGAUAAAUUGUAGUCGCUUUGUAGAAAAGAAAGUUGUAAAGUUAUUGUCAAAUCAUGAAGAUGAUAAUUCAAGAACAGCCGGACUUUCAAAAAAAUUUGUUAUUAAAAUUGGAGCAAAAGUUAUNAUACGACGUAACAUCGAUGCUAGCAAAGGCCUUGUAAACGGUACAAUAGGUAAAAUGAUAUCCGUUGUUACAAAUAUAUCAAAUAACAAUAUAGAAAAAAUAAAUAUUCUUCUGCCGUCAGGUAAAGAAUUUUUAAUUGAAAGAGUAAGUGUCAAAUUUCCUGUCAUGGAAAGAACAUAUGUUAUUAGAAAACAAUUUCCAUUGUGUUUGAGUUAUGGAAUCACUAUCCACAAAAGCCAAGGAUUGAGUUUGCAAAACGCUAUUAUAGAUAUAGGUAAUUCUAUAUUCAGUCCUGGUCAAAUUUAUGUUGCAUUGUCUCGUGUAACGUCUUUAGAAGGAUUAUAUUUAAUUAAUUAUGAUCCUUCAUCUGUAAAAGCUAGUGAAGAAGCUAUUAUUGAAUACAACAGGUUAAAACAAAUACAUAAAGAACAAGCAGAAAUAAUUCCUGUUUCAAAACAAAAGAUUCGUAAG